UCUUACCUGUCUGUCAAUUCUCCUGGUUGGUGAACUCAAAAGAGCCCAAAUUCUAGAGGAGUGACAUUGUUUGGGUUGCCAAGAUGGACGUGGGGAACCUGGGGAUCUCUCAGUCCCAGGUGUUUCUCAACUACAGCCCGCGGGCCAUCCUGUCACAGUGGAGUCUCUCCCUGGGCACGCGGCGUGUGAUGGAGGCAGUGCGGGAGGGCCCUAAGAGCACCCUGGGCUCUGGUAAAGUUGUGGCUCUGGCAGCGGGGCUGUCUGUAGGAGCGACUGUGGGAUACAUCGUCUACCGGCAAAUCAAAAGCACCACCUCUCCGCUGGCUAACACCGAGGAGUCCAGGCUGUCAGUACCUCUGGAGGUGUACAGGACUAUUACCAAGUACCAAGCCUCUUUCCUGGACCUGGUGAUGCAGAAGUCCGGUGCCCACGUGAGGGUGCUCUCUGAGUCUUCGCAGGCAGGCGAGGGGGAACAAAGUUCCCAGAAUUCUGUGUGUUUCCUGCUGCAGGGCUCACCUCAGCAGGUGCUGCUGGCCAGGUGUUCCCUGGAAAACCUGGCCGCAGACUGUGAGACCACCACUGACGUCAUGGAGGUUCCCCAGACUGCCUUCGGACGCAUCAUAGGUCGUGGAGGGGAGUCUCUGAAGCUCAUCACCAGGACAACAGGAGCAAGAGUCCUAUGUCCCAGGGAGAGGGGGCGGGGCCUAGAGAAGGGCAUGGUGUCUGUCACAGGGACGAGACUGGAGGUCAGACGGGCCAAGGAGCUCAUCCUGGAGAAGGUAUUUGAGGAUGAGGCUGUAAGGAGGAGGAUUACCCAGUCCUCAGCCCUGCGCCAGAAACGAAGACCCUUCGAGCCCCAGGGUCAAAGGUCUGAGGAACUGAAGCUGGAGGAGGCUCCACAGUCUCUCUGGGUGGAGGAAGGGGGGCUGGUCCAUGCUAACGGUGUCCAGACCACAGUGGGAGCCCUUGCCCAGGCUAGAGGAGAGACCGUACAGCUGGCUGCAGAGGCACGAGAGGAGGACUGUCUUCUGUCGCCUGACUCCCUAUCAGAUGUUUCUAAAUUUGAAAUUCCCAGCCCAGACCUGAGCUUCCAGCCAGAUGAGCACCUGGAGGUGUAUGUAUCGGCGUCAGAGAACCCCCACCACUUCUGGAUCCAGAUCCUGGGGGUCCGCUCCCUCCAGCUGGACAAACUUACUGCUGAGAUGAGCCGCUUCUACAGCAACGGCACCCUGCAGGAGCAGCGAGUGGAGACCAUCGUGGUGGGGGACAUCGUGGCAGCUCCGUACCGGGACUACGGCACCUGGAACAGGGCGAGGGUCCUGGGGGUGAUGGGCUCUGGCCUGGUGGACCUCUACUAUGUCGACUUCGGAGACAAUGGAGAACUACCCAGGGAUAGUCUGCGGAGUAUGAGAAGUGACUUUCUCAGCCUACCAUUCCAGGCCAUCGAGUGCAGCCUAGCUGGAGUCAACCCGGCAGGAGAGGUGUGGAGCGACCAAUCCCUGGAUGACUUUGAGCGCCUGACGUAUGUUGCCGAGUGGAGACCCCUGCUGGCCAAACUGUGCAGCUACACCCACUCUGAGGUCUCCUCUUGGCCAAGUGUACAGCUCUACGACAACAGCGAGGGCAAGGCUGUAGAUCUAGGAGAGGAGAUGGUGAGUCUGGGCCAUGCUGUACCUAGCCAGGAUAAUGGGAACUGGGGUGGCGACAGAGAUGACCCUGGAACACUACAGAGGAUGCUGGAUGAUGUGACUGGAGCCACGUCUGAGCUAAGCCUGUCCUGCAUCAGCUUAUCAGAAGUGGCCUCAAUCUCAGGAAGCGUUGAUGAUGUUCUAGAGGACGAGUUCAUCUGAGACCAAAGAGACAAGUCAACACUGACCAUCCACUCUCUGCAUCAACUCCAUGUUAUGAAGUGGACACCUUCCCACACGCCACCAACCCCCUCCACCAACCCCCUUGUCCUCUUACAUGAAGCCUUACUUGACUCAUGCUGAAUCCCAAAUGAACCAUUAGCCCCAUACUCCUUGGCAUUUUCUGUUGUAUCUGAAACAAUUGGAUGAUGAUUUUUUUUUCAAAACCUCAGCGGGCAAAUUUUGCCACUUACCAUGUGGCCUGAACCAAUCUGAUCACUACUGAUCUGCAGGAAUGGUUAGCAUCUGCAGACUGCAGCAGUUCUCCCAGCCAAUUUCAUUGAACUGUGGUCUUUCCCUGGUACGGGUUGAUUUGGGUUAUGCCUUUCAUGCAGUUAUGCUUUGUGCUGCUAUGUGUUUAUUGUUUAAGUUGCUGAGGAGAAGAGAUGGAGGAAAAAGAAGUCGAAUGCCAGUAUUGUUUAAGAUAAAGCACUGUGAUAGGAGUCGUUCGAUCCCUAUUAGGUGAUUGUGGCUGUUAGAACAAAAUCGAUCUGUAAAUUAAAAUGUAAGCCUCUGUACUAUUGUGUGUUAGUUUUCUGUUGUGAAAAUAAAGAUAUUACACUUAAAUA